CUUCAAGACAUUUAAAUUAUUAUUUGAGUAUAAAUGUUGUCAUGUUAUAAGCUGAAAUAUUAUUUAUAUGUCAGGAGGUAGAAUGAAAACCUUGUUUGCUAAGGUAAUGGUAAAAGUAACAUAAAAUUCACACUCGCCAAAAAUACCUUACGCUGCUAUUUUAAUUAUUAUUUACUUGACCCAAUUAAUGCUUCUCUCCGCAGCUAUCUUAUGUAGAUUAUCAAAUGUUUAAAUAUAAAUAAGAAGUUUUACUUCUAUAACUAACUCCUGUUUGUCUUUUACUUUUUUCAAUCACAAAAAUGAGAUUUUCUGUAGCGAGUUUAGCCAGCUUAAUUAGUCUCAUGGUUCUAUAUGUCAAUGCUCUGACAAUGCAGCCAACUUUUAGAGAUAGUAAUUUCAAGAACAUUGCUUUGGGCGUAGGGGGUGGUGGUUCAUCUCACCAUAACUGGGUACUUUCUAUUGUCGACUUGCUUGGACAACGAGGCCAUAAUAUUUCGUAUUUGACAACAACUGAAGAUCUUCGAUUUGGGCAACCCUAUCACAAUAUCAGAACUAUUGAUCUCGGGCCAAGGGCUUCUUUUGAUUUAGUUGGAAUGAUGAGGCAAAUAAUCCCCGGAGAAGACAUACUUAAAAUCUUCCCCAAAGGUAUGGAAAUGAUGAAUCAAGAUUACGAACGAGAUUACUUUUCGUUUUUGAAAUAUUUUAAAAGCAAUAUGAUUGAUGUCGUUUUAUGUGAUCAUUUUUUAAAAUCUUGCGUUGACGCUGCAACAACCGCCAGAAUUCCGUAUAUUGUUACUGCUGCUACUGAAAUGACCAAAGAAUCUAGCGCACCGUACAUCAAUAACAACAUGUUCACAUCAAGCGAUUUUACAACAGAAUUUCAGAGCUUUUCAAUGCGCUUCAAUAACAAGUUCAUUAGACCUUGGAUUACCCUUUACAGAUUUUACCCUUAUGUAAAACUUUUGACUACUAAAAGGAGAGCUAUUGGUAUUGACGAAAAGCUUGAGUCUCCCGAGGAGACAUGGAGAAAUUCUUUAAAACUGGUUAAUAGCCUGUUUGGGUUCACUCCUGCAAGGCCCAUUGGUCCUUUGGCAGAAUUUGUUGGCCCUAUCAUUCCUAAAGAGUAUACCCCUUUGUCCAAUGAUCUCGAAAAUUAUUUGAAUUUGCAUAAGCGUGUUGGGUAUAUCUCCUUUGGACAAAAUGCCGUACCAUCCGACCAGAAUAUAGAGCUCAUACUAACAAGUCUUUUGGAAAGUCUUGAAGGUGGUACACUUGAUGGGUUUCUGUGGGCUACAGUUAAUUCAGCAGAGUUUUUUCCUCAAACAAUUACAACAUCUUCAGGCUUAACUUACGACAUCAAAGACAUGUUCAAUCACGUCAACCCCCAUGCUCGUAUGGUUAAAUGGGCACCUCAAACAGCAGUUCUUCUACACCCUUCAGUAAGUCUUUUUGUAUCGCAUGGUGGGUUGGGAUCUUGGUAUGAAUCCAUGUAUGCUGGUACCCCGAUGAUUAUGUUUCCCUUCUUUGGUGAUCAGCCUGGUAAUUCAUUAAUGAUUGAACGAGGUGGAUUAGGCGGUAUUUUAAAGUAUGAUACAACAAUUGAAGAGGCCGUCGAACUUUUUAAAAAUGUCACAGAGGAUAAAGACGGAAAAAUUCGAGAUAAUGUUAACCGCAUGCAAGCACUAACUCAAAUUCAUUCUGAACAUGGUAUAAUACGCGGUGCUGACCUAGUGGAAGAGGUUGCUUAUACUCAUAAAGAUGGUAAACUGCCACAUCGUCAAUCGGCUGAUAAACGUAUGUCUUUUAUCAAAUCACAUAAUAUUGAUUUGUAUGCCGCUUUAUCUUUAAUGAUAACUGUAGCACUGACUAUGACUAGUAAAGUUGGUUUAAAUGCUUAUGCUUAUUUCGUUACUAAAAAAACCCAAGUAUUCAAAAGCAAGCAAACAUGAAAACACAAAAAUGCAAUAAUUAUUUCCAUAGCAUACCUUGGUAUAACACCUGAAGUGAUUAAUAAAUAUGUGCCUAAUUAUAUCUUGAUGUUGAAACUUCUUCUGUGUACCGAUUAUGAAGUUCUGGAUAUAGUUGAUUAAAUUUAAGCCGCCA